AUGAUGUAUUAUUCAAAGUGCUCUUGCAUCUGCCUUGUGUACCUUGUUGUGCAGACAUUGAGCUAUGACCAUCAGGUGCUUCUUGAUUACCUUAUUUCAAAAGAUACCGGAAUCAGUUGUGCAGAAUAUCUUUUAAGGUGCUUGCGUAAAGUGUGUGAUUCAUGGAGCUUAUUUGUGGAAUUUCUAGUGGGUGGGCAAGCUACAAAUCAAUCAUUUUGCAAGAAAAGAAAAGUUUCAUUGGGUGUCUCGAGUUCCUGGGGAGAGGAUUCUCUUGCACCAACAAAAAAUCAUCUUACAUUUCUUGAUGAUGAACCUGAUGAAGAAAAUGAAAAUGGCUGCAAGCACACCCAAAAUGGAGGACAGUAUUUCAAAGAAGCCAAAGAGUGCUUACUUUCACUUAAAAUUUCUAUUGAAGUUCUACACCAAAAGAAUCUGUUUCCCUACAAUCCUAAUGUUCUUCUGAACCGCUUAACAAGAUUUCAGGAACUCUGUUUUGAGGAAGAGAAAUAA